CGGAACAUCAUUGAACCGACAUCUCUUUAUACCCUCCACCGCAACCGCGAUCGUCAAGGCCGCGCCCCAUUCACAGCCUCACAAACAAAGCACUACAUUCCAAAGGCAAUGAGCCUGCUGCCUUGCCGCUCCUCUUUGCAAAGAAACACUCAUACCACUUUUCACUCCCACCCCACCUUCAUGCCAUGACCCGCCACAAGAAUCGCCUUCUAGCAGCAGAUCGUCACGGCGCGAUCUAGUUGUCGAGCAGAAGGUACGAGGAGGAAGUUCACGCGACACCCCACUUCCCCUCCCCUCUUCCCAGGCUCAUUUUACCCCGUCCCCCCUACUGAAUUCAAGGAGAAUCCAGGGAGACAAAGUGGACAAGCGCCAACUUCUCCUCUCCCUCCCACAGAUCAAACAUGGCGCAUGCGCACAUCCCCUUCGUCGACCUCACCCUCGACAGCGACGAUGGAUUGCCCGCCGCCACUUCAACACAGAUAAGGGCGCCUAAUGCUGCCGGUCCGGAGUUCACAGGGACGACUACACUGCCAUAUCACUUGCCGUCACCACAUAAACCUCAGAACGACUUUGUGAUCCAGUCACAUAGUGGCAUAUUGCUGCCGGGGGCGUUGCCGUCGCCAAUCGAUAUUCCGGGCGCGCUACCGCCGCCGAAGUUACAUACACCUGUGAUUGCGGGGAGGAAAACACAUUUGAGAGGGCUGAGAUUGUCGCCGAAUGCGUCGAGGUCCGCUGAGAGCUCGGCGAAGAGAAGGAAAGUCGCUGCGGGGGGGCGGAAUGGCACUGGCACGUCAUCGAGUCCUACUGCGGACAGGGCGGAAACACGCAUACUGCCGCCAGCGGCAGCACAAGUGGCACCAUACACGGCUAGGAGAAGGAGCAAACCGCCCACUCCAUCGACAGCGAGAGAGGGCCAGGUCGAUGUGUAUGAGAUGCUGCAGACGCAGGCGAGGCCGCUGAAGAUAUCGUAUUCGGAUUCCGAGCCGCAGCUGCCGGGGGUUCCGAGUGCAGGACGGGCACAACAAGGUUUCAAUGCACAGUUCCCGGCAGUUUCAAAUGGAGGCCUAGGGACACCCAACCCUGGCCCUGCGCCGAAGGGGGCGAAGGAUGUGCUGCAGCGGGUUAUCUUCCCGGGAAUACACUUGUGCCUUGAGAGAUUGGGGGCUGGCCUUGACGAGGCUACGAAGAAGAAUAUCGGGCGGCAGGUUGCCACUAAUCUUUGCGAUAUUCAUCUACAAACGCAUCUGGUUUCUAAUAAGGGCGUAUUAUCUGAGACGAUGAGGAAAAGGCUCGUUGAUAAGUGUGCCUUGCUGGUCGAGAUUUACGUCCACAAAUUGGGAAAAGGCCCAAAAAGCAGACUGCAGGCACCUCCAGUAGCACGCAGGCAAACAGCUCGUCUGCAGAUGAAACAGGCCGUACCGCCUGAGCCAAUAUUGAUUUCUGGCAGCUCCAGCGAGUCCGAGAAGGAUGAUUUUAAGGAUGCUGUUGAAAGGCUCGGGGCAGGGGAAACUACUGGGCAGAAGCGCGACUCUUCGUCCCCAAGCACGUCUUAUACCGUCGAGUCUCCCGCGAAAGAACCGCUUGAUCCAACGCCCCAGCAGAGGCAGAAGGGGAAAACAUAUCGGCAUGGGAAACUUGAUUUAGCGUCGCGUGCACCUGCUCUUGGAAAGCCAGCAAACGCUCACACUCUCGGAAAGCGUGGGGAGGGCAAUCGCAUCCAGAAACAAAAACAAGCACGGGCACUUCGCUCGGACACGCGGGAAGGGGCGGCGAAGCAAUCUCUCCUUCGAGAGGUUGAAACCUUGCGAUUAGCCGCCAAUGCAGCCCCAAGGCCUUACAUCAGUCUAUCGGCGCGCAAAGACAUCGCUAGGGGUCUUUCGGAACAAUGCUUAACUCCGCCGGAGAAGCAUGUGAUCCAUGGUCUUAUCGUGCAUGUGGACUUCACAGGCGAAGAAGUGCAGUAUGUGCGCAAUGUUAUGGGUGUGUGGCACAGAAAUCAUGUCGAAUCGAAGCCCCCGGGGCAGCGGCUCGGGAUUAUCAAUGGGAGCGUCAAGAUUUAUCCAAGCCUUCUUCAAAUGAUAGUGAAGUCUCGGCAAGAGUCUUCGGGAAGUGAUGAAGGCGCACGACUUAUAAAGCAACGGGGCGAGGAUGGCCUAAGAAAUUUCCUUGACGAUUUUGGCAAGGAUAUAUGGCAAGGCUACAUGUCUAAUGGCUCCAAGUUCGCAACGGGAACAACUGCUGUAUUGCGCGUCGCACCGAAAUCCAGAGAAUUGGGCACGGGCACGGGCACAAGACGCAAUAACCAUACCUCGAUAUCAGCCAUCAUGCGUGAGCGAGAGCUGUCUCGUGGGACGUUCGGACGGGCCCGUAUAUCGACCAAAGCCCGCAUUCUCACAUCUAUGGAUGAUGCGAUUGUGCGGGAGAUUGAGUUUACUGGUUGUUCUGGAGAUAUUGCUACGAUCACUUGGCUGUCUGGUGAUAAGUUUGUGUGUGGUGCGAUUACGCAUUCUGAUGAAUCGAAUCAGCAAUAUAACAAGCCCGGCAAUUUGGCUCUGGGAUCAGUCCAGAAGAGCUUUCUGAGGUCGGUCUCUGGACACCGAAUCAUACGGCCCAUUGUCGAGAAGGGCAGUAACGCGUUGGAGUCCAUGCGCGAAACGCAAGACCCUUACCUAUACUGUUCGGUGACAGCUACAGCGUUCCAUGAAGGCUCUGAGAAAGCGCUGACAGGGAGCUUUGACAAGACCGUGAAGGUCUGGGAUAUCAACUCGGACGGAUCUGGGUUGACCCUAUGUGGGACUUGGCACCAUGGCGGUGUUAUAAACUUUGUCGUCACUUCACCGCAUCACAGCAAAAUCGCCACCGCCGCCGACGUCUUCAGCGACGCCAUCCGCGUUUACGACUUGAACGAGGACGAUGUCUCCAAUUCCCCAUUCGUGUCGUAUUCUGGAUCCCGCGCCGAUGAGCAGUCAGCUGAACAACUCCGAAGCCGGCAAUCCUGGCUAUACUACCCGUCAACGUUGCAGUGGGGCAAGGCUCCGAGUGUAGCCCAUCUCCUUCUUACCGGAUACUCGCCGCGCUCGUUCGAUGUGCAUGACGAAGUGCCUAAAAUAGUCGAAGAUACGGGCGAGCUCUGCCUCUGGGAUACCAACAACGGGACGCGCGUGCUCAUAACUUCAGCGCGCACUCAGAACGUGUUUGAGGUGGUGUGGCACCCGACUUUGCCUGUUUUCGUAGCCGCGACGUCAGCGACGGGGGAGCAUGAGGAUGGGGUGCGAACGCAGCUGCGGAUUUUUUGCCAGACGGAGAUUGGCACCUUCAGCCAUACCAAGAGAUUCGAUUGUCGCGCAGUGGAUAUCAAUGAGAUCACGUUGAUGUUGAAUAGCCCAUUGCACUGCUACCUCACUGCUAGCUGUACGGACGGGAAUACAUAUGUCUGGGACAGUGCGCAAGAGGAGAAACCCAUCCAUGUUCUAGGCCAUGGCAAGUCAAUUGAUGAUCAGUCGCAGGAUGACGGCGGGACCAAAGACAAUGACCACGAGCGGGUAGACAGCGGUGUGAAAUUCGCCGCGUGGGGACGUACUCCCGACCGUUUCUACACCGGGUCUUCGGACGGCGUUGUAAAAGCAUGGAAUGUGCGUGCUCCCCCCGCUGAAGUGCAUGUUGCGGAUGUGAUUACAUUAUCCGGCGGCAUCUCAGCUGGGGUUUUCUCGAGCGACCAUUCUCGUCUCCUCGUCGGUGAUGCGACGGGGAAACUGAAUGUCUUGAGGUGCGGAGACUUGGAUGAGGAUGAAGAGUUCCCCGCGAGGCGCCGCCAACAGCCGAUUAUUCCACAUUACGAGGCUCCGAGGUCUGCAGAUUAUGGGGGUGGGGAUCUUGUGGAGCCGAGCCCAGAGCCAACUGCGAGGGAGAUGGCGCAGCGGUAUGUGGAUGCUGGGCAGGUUAUUAUCCAUCCCGAUCCCUAUGUUGGCGCGGUGCAGGGAGAAAAUUACGUGGGCACGGGAUUGUUCUGUCGCCAGCUUCACCAGGGUGGAGAUCCGCAUGCAGAGCCUCUGGAGGAGGUUGUGAUGCAGCAGAAUAAGAGGUAUAAGGGGAAACAGCUUGUCUUAUCCACCACACGAGAUGCUGCACCUUGUCUCGAGUCCGAGCAUCAGAAGAAUUACGCGCUGGACCUGCACCUAGGGCAGCUGAGUCUGGAAGCAGCAAUUGAGCUCCAGGCAUCAGGAGCAGAUUUCUCUUUCAACGAUAAUCAUGAAUUCGCAUAUGAGCCUGAUCUUGGUGCCGUGGAGCAAGAAAAUGAAGAUUGGGAUGAUGUUGUGGACAUGGUAGAUGUCUCUCCACAUGGCGAGAAAGGAGUGUUUCUCAGUGUAGAUGAAAAAGCCGGAUUCCAGCAUCUUAAAAGCUUCAUUCAAAAUGAGUUGAAAGCAUAUGAAGCCCUACAACAGGUGGAAGAGGCUAUAAAUGAUGGGAAAUGAGUGUAUAAUGCAACAGGGGUAACUAAGAGAACCUGUAAUGGUCUUUGUAGAAAUAAACAGCAAUAUAAUGGUGGCUAGAGGAUAUGGGGGGGGAGAGGCAAUGGAAAGAGAUAAAAACUCUCAUUUUCUUAGUUUUUAUAAAUGAGAAACUAGAAAAUAAAAG